GGACUCCUAUAUUGAUGAACUACCCUCUGGAUAGGUUAUCGCUAUCUGAUUGAAAAACAUAAUUAGUAUUAUUAUGUCAGAAAAUUGGCCUCUGCGGAAUUAAGACUUCCUAUAAAGAACAAGCUGCAACAGGAUGGAAUCGCUUGGUAGCUGGAUUUUAAGCAAGGUCAACUUCUUGAGGCACAAAAUAGUGGGUUUGCCAGAAACUGAACCUUCUCUUCCUCCUCCAUGGUCCUUAGAGUCACCUUUCCAGAAGUGGAUUAUUUAUUCCAAAGCCUCAUUGGCUGCUGCUGUUGCUUGCUUCAUCAUCUUUAUCAUUUUACAUUCCCGAAGACAGUUGGCAGUCCAUAAGAAAAUGAUGGUCAUUACAAAACUCACAUCCCCACAUUUAAAGGAGACUGUUGUGUCUGAGAAUUGUAUCUUGGACACCUGGCUUUACCAUCUUUCAUUGCUCCUAAUAUUUUGCAUUUUCUUUUCCAUUCCUUGGGAAUGGGUUAGACUGUAUCAAAUAGAAGUAGCCAAGAAGUCAACCAUCCUCUCUGAGGGGUAUGCUAGGAGUUGUUACCAGCAAGAUCUAUCCUUCUGGGAAACUCUGAAGGUAUGGUUGUCCUGGAAUUUCUCUUGGGAUAGUGACUCCUGUGAGAGUUACUACAAGGCUUUGAUGGUGGAUCCUUUAUGGGAAGUGACACCACUUAUGGCCAUCAGCUCUGUUAUUGGCAGAUUUGUGGUGCAUCCCAUGGAACUUUUCAGCCAUACACUCGGCAGGAGCCUCCGAAAUAUAAUGAGAGAGAUCCCCAGCCAGUGGCAGCUCCCUGUCUUCCUCCUAUUUCCACUCACCUUCAUUAGUAUUCUGAUUGCAAACCUCACCAAGAGGAAGGAUGUCAUUUAUCAACAGGCCGGAGUUACCACUAGGUCUAGGACCACUAAGGCUGCUCUCAUGUCAAGGACUUAACUUUUUUUAUCAAAUAUUCAGCAAAAUUGUAGAAAUUUUAAAUUGCAAAGUUUUUUAUGGACAAUAACCAUGGUCAAUCAGUAGAGUUAAAAGCGAGCGUGUGUGGAUAUGAAGGGGGAUUAAAAAAGCACACUUUUCUGUAUAUUCCUAUAUGAAAUUCCAGUAUAUGUUUUGGUUUGCGCAUGCACACUUGGCUGGAUUGUGCUGAAGACAGUUCUAAUGAGCAGUUUAUAUUGUAUAUUUAAAGGUGUUGAUGCUGCAAAGGACAACGUAUGAGGAGAUUUAUUAAACUGGUACAAAGGAUAACUGGUUUAGUAUCCCAUAACAAUCAAUCAGAUUCCACCCCUCAUUUUCCCAAGGAGCUCUGAAAAAUGAAAGGUAGAAUCUGAUUGGUUAUUGGGGCAACUAAGCCAGUUUCAGUUUUGAUAAAUCUCCCCCAUAGACUUCAAGCACGGAAUAUCUGAACAUGUACAUGUAAAUAGAGGGUAAUCAUGUUUCCCUUUCCCUUAUCAAUAUUAAUGUGGUUCCUGCAGCACACUCUUACUUCAUCUGCUUUAUAUGCCAUUCUUAGGUGAAGGCAAUGAUGGUGAUGACACUGGCAAUUAGACACAUUCUGUUGGCUAACAUAGGCAUUAGGUUACGUUCACAUCUGCGGAGUUGUGAUCUGGCCACCCCAUUCCCGGCAGAGAAUGCUGGGAAUUGGCCAGACCAAGCCAUAGCAUGCAGCGGAUUCUGUCCGGUAAAUUCUCAGCAUUUUUGCCAAAUUCCAGCAGUGCUGAAUACAACUGACUGCCACAGAUGGGAAACUAGCCGUAGUCUUGAAGUUCAGCUCACAGAAGGAACAGUCAAGUUUUUUUUCUCCAAAAGUAAUUAUGAAGAUAUGGUGUUCUAAAUGGGGACUAUUUAAUGCAAAAAUGUGUGAAGAUUUUCUUGGAAUGUAUUAUAACCAAAAUGAUCCUGUAAUAAAGUAAAAUGGAUACGUCAUCCUGCCAUCUGCUAUCAUCAGUAUACUCAACUGGCGGACUGUGGUGUCCUGCUUUCAACUGUAUUCAACAGUUGAAUACAAUGGUGAAGCAGGUGCAGCAAGCCCCGGAGGAGCCUAUGCAGAGGAUGUGAGUUCUAGUGGUCAUGAUAAAGUGUUGUCAUGGUGUACUCCCUCAGGCCAUUGUUCUCUGGGGAUCGAAGCAAUGGAAAUGUAUUUCUGAAGAAUGAGGGGAACAUUUUACGUCAGUCCUGCUUGAGUCUGCGUUGGAGUACUUUAUGCCACAUUUAUCAAAUGUCUCAUG